CUGCGUCUCUGUUCCCAAGUUUUCAAGUUUUUGAAGUCGGAUUUGUACUCAAAAGACGACAUUACCGGUAAUAGUGAAUCUGACGAUAGAAAAGGAAGGCCCAAAACAAGAGCCAUGGAAAACAGUCCUCUAAGUUUAGUAAAAACUCUUCUCAACCAUCCAAUCUCUGUCUUUAAAUCUUUUUGAUUCUCCACUAUAUCUCUCCUUUGGAUCUGCGCCUUCUUUCUUUGUGUUUCUGCUUUUUCAUUUUCAUUCACUGCUUUUCUUUCAACACUUUCCCAAAUUUGUUUACUGUUACACGUAUACUCUACUUCUUCUUCUUCUUCUUGCUCAAACCACCACUCAAUAUAUAGUUUUUCUUCAUUUUCGUGGGUUUCUUCAUCGGAGUCACCUUCUUCUGGACCACAAGACGUGAAAGUGAUAAAGUGUGACAAGAAAAUACAAUGAAUUCUGAAGGAGAGUUUAAAGUAAGUUUUGGCUAUCAAUGUAAUGGCCAUGAAAGUGGCUCCUGUGAGGUACCAAACAAAUGUGAAAUUGUGCCUGGACUUCAACUCCAUAAGGUUAGUAGUUUCUCAUGCUUGUCAGGUGCUGCAUUGAGUGCCAAUGCCACACUGGCCAAUACAAAUAUCUGCAAUGGUUUGAUAGCGACGGAAAUACUUCCAAGUUUGGACUCCCCAACUUCAUUUCGUCGGGUUCCCUCAUCAUCAAGUUUUUCAAGAUUGGAUAUGUUAUCAUCUUCUCUUCAAAGCAGUAUGUCAAUCCUAAGUUGCAGUCCAUCUUCUCCUAGUGAUCUACUUGAAUAUGAUUCUUAUUUGUUAAAAUCUAUGAGUGCACCUUCGAGAAGUGAAGGCUUUCUUAGUGCUAUGGAUGUGCAGAUGGCUGGUGGAGCAGCUGGUGAGGACAGGGUUCAAGCUGUUUGUUCUGAAGAACACGGGUGGCUCUUUUGUGCAAUUUAUGAUGGUUUCAACGGAAGAGAUGCAGCUGAUUUUCUGGCUGGAACAUUGUACGAAACUGUUUUGUAUUACUCUAAUUUAGUUGAAUUGGAAUCAAAGAGCGAUGCCAUCAGCGCAACUGACAGUUUGGACUUGGAUGGGUCCCUGCGAUAUGUUCCUGAGGACAGCAGUACUAGUCCUGAGGGAAAUUUUCCUUUAAGAAAGAGUAUUAAUAAGAAUUUAAGCCUAAAAAGUUUCGACAAUGAAAGUCUUUGUCCUAAAAUGGAAAUAUCUUGUUCGCAUCGCCAGGCAGUACUUGAUAGCCUCCAACGUGCUUUUAGUCAAGUUGAGAAUGAUUUUUUGCACAUGGUUGAGCAGGAAAUGGAGGAACGCCCUGAUUUAGUUUCUGUGGGUUCAUGUGUUCUGGUUGUGCUUAUUUAUGGCAAUGAUUUGUACACACUCAAUCUAGGUGACAGUCGAGCCUUGUUGGCAAGUUAUGAUGACAGCAACAAUUUAAGUGGGAACAAGUGGCUGAAAGCUAUUCAGCUCACUGAUAGUCACACUGUUGAUAAUGAAAUUGAAAGAACUAGACUACUUUCUGAACAUCCUGAUGACCCUGCGGCAGUUGUUUCUGGAAAAGUGAAAGGAAAACUAAAAGUCACUCGCGCUUUUGGAGUCGGUUACCUAAAGAAGGAAAAACUGAAUGAUGCGUUAAUGGGCAUUCUUCGAGUUCACAAUCUCAUAAGCCCUCCUUAUAUCUCCACUCAACCAUCACUUAAUGUGCACAAAAUCGCAAAGAAUGAUCAUUUUGUUAUAGUUGCGAGUGAUGGUUUAUUUGACUUCUUUGGCAACGUGGAGGCGGUAGAGCUUGUUCAUUCUUAUAUCUUGAGCAACCCCUCUGGUGAUCCAGCAAAGUUUCUAUUAGAAAAUCUUGUUGAGAGAGCAGCAGAGUGUGCAGGUUUCAGUAUGGAAGAGUUGAUGCGUAUUCCAGCCGGUAUGAGGAGAAAAUAUCAUGACGAUGUAACUGUAAUUGUUAUUAUCCUCGGAACAAACCAGCGCACAUCCAGGGCAUCUACUUGCAUGAAGGUUUGAUAUGAGCAUUAAUCCGUGUUCAACUUGUCAUUUAGCUAGGCUUAGCCUUAUUGUUUUGGCUUGAAAGUGUAUAUAGUAUAUAGUUUGAUGUCAGCAUGGUCCUUCUUCAACCUCUGGAUUUUAUAGUUUCAACUUUGUAAUUGUAGCUAUGGUUUUGAGGUUGCAUAAUAGCAGCUGAUGGCAAAAACUCUGUUUCUUCAUUUAUCUGUAUUUUGCCAUUCAAUUUUUGUUAGACACUCUUCAUAUUAGUUAGUUAAUAUCUGUGAUUAAGUGAA